AUGGUGGUUUUCUCUUCCAGGGGUGGCAACUCUGUCCCUGUGGCCCCCAAGGGCUCAGCCCCUAGUCCCAUAAUUAACGGCUAUAGUGAAUGGAAAGGGAGGCGUGAGAACUGUGGCGAGGGAGGGGAUGAUAAAGGAAGUAGAGGCACGUUUGAUGAUGGCAAAGGGGCGUAUAAGGGCGGUAAGGGCAAGGGGUCCUGCCGGGAGGAUUUGAACCUGGGUGAUGGGCAUCCGGAGGAGAGGACCCGUGGUAAUGCGACGGAUCUCCUACCUAUGUUCCAAGACCAGGGCACCUCCUCGCAUGGUAAGGCUUCGGGCCAGCAACAAGCUCAGGCGUGCGCUCCCUAUACACAAGGUAUAGGAAAAGAGCUGUUGGCUGGUAACGGCCUGGCACUGGAUCAACAGCCCAGUCUGGAACAUCUAAAACAGGAGUGGACCAUGCUCCAGCAUAAGGACUACCGCCUGACUUACGUCUUGGAUCAGGAGCGACAUGUGGAGGGUGAUAGUCCGCAGCAGCAUCAGCAACCGGAAGGGUAUGAGGAUACUUACCCCGAUCAGUACCCUAGAGGGCAGCCUGAGGGUCGUGGGUAUCAAGAGGAUGUUCGGCCGCCUCUUACUGGGCAUGUUGGCAUGGCCCCUCUGCGGGGGGUCAUGCAGCAUCCUGAUGGUCAAGGGUAUGGACAAGAGCAAGGUCAGGUGGCGCAGCAGGCUCCUUCGCAGGAGCCAAGGCCUCUUAUAAUAGGAUAUGAACAUAUGGUGGGGGCGGGUAUGAAUCGAGGGCAAGAGCAGCCGGUAGGCCAGUCCAAGGCAGCAGAGAGCAGGCUCACUAUGCAGGGGAAUAUCACCAACAAAAACAACAAUCUCAAAUUUAUAAUGAUGUCCACAGGGUUCCCUAUGUUGGCUAUGAUGGCCACUCGAGAGGGCAGGAAGGGGCACUUUGGGAGGAUUCCGAGUGGAGAUCUCAACGUGGUGGUGGUGGUCUGCGUGCCUCGAGAAGGGAAGACUUUGGACCUGACCUUUGUCGAACCCUCAGUCAAGCUGUGCCACCUGCGAGGCCGGAGUCUCAUCAGCACUCUGACGGUUAUAGAAGGGAACGGAUGCAUCAUGCACGCGAGGAGCCCCACUGGGUCGAGCCCCGCCGCUGGAGUGACCGUGACCGCCUUCCAGCUGAGUCUCGUUAUGAUACGCAAUGCCCUGGGGAUGGGUCCGUGCGGUGGGCCCAUGAAGGGCGGACCUAUCGAGAUGACAUCCAGCAAGUGCGGGAGAGCUCCGUGGUAUGUUCGGGCUGUCUUGGGUCAUCGAGAAAUGCCCAAGUUCUGGUUCGAGGCUACUGAACGGAGGAUUGUGUUCCUGGAUGAUGCCGAGCAGGUGGUCUCAAUCCCCUUUGACCUUCCAAUAGAGAAUCCGUACAGGGGCAUAACGAAGGGGGAUGUUGGGAAGAUGUCCGUGAAGGAGCUCAGGGCGUUGAGGGCCGAGCGGCAGCAGGAACGUCUACGGUUGGACGAGAGUCGACAAGAGAGCAUCACUGCGUUGCAAAGCGUGGUUACCCGUACCUACCAUUUGGAGUAUGCACCUGUGGUGGAACCGCAUCCUAGGAUGCUCUGGGGCCUCGAGGGCCUCGAUCGCCCUGCCCCUUGGAGGUUCUCACGCCAGAUGAUCGAGACGUGCUUCCUGGACCACCCAGUCCGCCAAGGUCGAUGGGACCUCCCCUGGUGGACUCUGUAUCGUCUCUAUGCAGUCCUCAUGUGGAAGCCAUGCGGAGUAUCCAACAAUGGGAAGAUGGCCGGCAGGCCGACUCUGUACCGGAUGGCUGCUGCCCGAUGUGUCAUGCCAAGUUCCCAGAUGAGGCAGCAUGCGGAGAAUUGCAAUGAUCAGUGCCCGGAGAGGACGGAGGGACCAGGAUCGAGGCCAGGGGUGGGCCAUCCAGUGACGGUCAAGAGCUCCUACACUCCAGACCUUGGAGAGCAUGACAAUCAGCUAGCCGUGGGGGUCGGUGAUGAGGUCCUACUCACGGAGCUGGACGAGGAUAACUGCGGUUGGACUCUGGUGAAUAAGGACGGCAUCGUGGGUUGGGUCCCGACCGCCGUGUUGGACCUCGAACCUCCACGACGACCAAUACCGCGUCGUGUGUCGGUCGCCUGUAUGUCGUCGGCUAUUGAAGGGGAGGAGGUCACGGUCGACAGCUGCAUCGACAAGCUCGCCAUUGGUGACUAUGAUGCGUAUGUGCGGGGAAUACAGUUUAUUGUGGGCGGCAAGGAGGAGAGGGAACUCGACAGUUACCAGAAGGAGCAGAGUCGUCAGCUUAUUCGUCGGGCAGAGGAGACGGCCUGUGCGAUAGCCUCCAACGGGGGACAGCAAAAUGAUGAGGUCCUCGAGAGAAUUAGAGGCAUGGUUUUGAGAAUUCCGAAUACUCUGGCCAUGUUGACGGUAGACUGGGAGAAUCCCUUUUACAUCGCCAACUCUCUAUUGGCUGUUGUACGAGGUUACAUCCAGGGGAAGUUUGGUCAGUACGAGGGUAUCAGGGAUGUCAAGAAGAGCCUCAAAAAUACGAGGGCGUUCCAUCGCUUCAUCGAGGGCUGUGGUGUCCUCAAGCGAUGGUAUGCUAUAGACUUGCGACUCUGGACGAUAGUCCUGCAUGCGUAUGGUGAUAGAAUGGUUACUAACAUGAAGAUAACAGUACAGGAGGAGGCCUCUGCUCUGGCGGCAGAUUACUCCCCUGAGGUGCUGAAGGAGAAGACUCCGAUACAUGAGAGAAUCAAAAUGGUUCUCAAGUCAGACCAGAACGAGGUGUCAUCAUCGAGCCAGUCUAAUCUCGAUGGCGACUCCUUUGUGAAGGUCAUCAAUGAGCUCGGUGCCUGGUGCAUCGUGCCCGAGAUCGAUUUUGUUCAUCGUUUUGGUAAGAAGGGAGACUCCUGGAGCCGUCUGAGGACUUCGUUGAUGCCACUUCUAAAGCGGGUGGAGCACGGCUCAGCCUUUCAGAAGCGCUGUGUCCUAUACCUAAUUAAACAACAUAUGUUUGAACACAAUAGCAGGAAGAAGGGAGCAGUGAGUGGUAAGGAUAGGAGUAAUGCUAUAGAGCCUUCGCAGAAGGAUGUGGAACAAGCAUGCAUUGCGUUCAACUUCGACAUUACGGAGAUGUCGAGUCCUGAUGAUCCCUCGGAGUUCCGUACGGACGAUGUUGACCAGUUUUAUUCCAAGUUGCGGAGAGGGUGGAUGCUGGACAUGAUCGCCUCCUUUAACAUGACCGCUGAUGAUAUCAUAGACUUCUUCGGUGACGAUGAGAAGCUACUACGGGGGGCAUUUAAUAAGUACGGUCAUAUGGGGGAUGCGGCGUCGCAAGCUCAGCUGCUCCUGGCAAACUCAGAGCUGCGCCGUGCUGUGGGGAGGGAUGUUGGCGAGAAUCCUGCACUUGAGUACUACCUCUCCAUUAUGAAGUACGGCUGUGGAGAUCCAGGUAACUAUCAGGACGUGUUCGGCCCAUUGAGUGAGGAGUGUGAUGAGACCAAUGACAAGUACUUCUGGCUUCCUAUGUACAUCGAUCCUCCAGGAGUAGACAUGGAUGAUCUGUCCUCUCCCGAUGCCUAUGCUGUGCAUAUGAUUGAGAGCAUCCACAGGCUCAGGGAGUUGGAGGAGAUUCUCACCACAUUCCAACCUGGAGAGUCACCAUACCGUUCUAUCGCUUUUGAUGUAUUUUUCCGUUGUGACAUCUCCCUCUUCCUGGAGCGACCGGCGCCGGCUAUUAUAGGGAUUGCUACUUCAACAAAAGUGUUUUUGAUAAUGGUGAAUCGUAUCAUCAGUACAGAUCAGUCCUUCAACGGUGCAGAGGGUCCGAAGGCUAUAAGGCAGUUCCUCACCUCGGUUCUCUGUCAUCCAAAUAUCCUCAAAGUUGUUUACGGCAUUAACGCGGCUAACUACGCGAAGUUCGUCGUACUGCAGCAUGUUUUGGUGGAGGAUAAGUUCAGCGAUGAUGUGCGGGAGGACGGUGUGGUCAUCCAGCCUCUCUUUGACGUCAGUGCUGGCUACCCGAACCCUCUGCAUGUGGAAGUACGGGAGAAUCUCGCCGGAAUACGAUUGUGCGUGGCUGAAGAGAUGAGUAAUUGGGAUAGGCGACCAUUCCUGCGGUACUCUCAGCUGCACUAUGCGGCCUCUAGGCUUUGGUUGAUCUACAUGCUGUACUUGACCGUACCGUGUGAUAAGGUUGAGAAGAAGUACAUUCAACAGAUCGAUACCGCGGAGGUUUAUGUAUCAGGAUGCGAUUCUCGUGGAUAUAGCCGUAAUAGUCCGAGUUUGACGACACCAACGGACCUGGAUGAUGGUGUUACUGUAGCAAGCUGGAUGGCUCAUCACAACGAAGAGCUGCGGCAGUGCAGGAAGAGGUAUGACAGUAUGCGUGGUGAACGUAUCCGAGAGAACAGACAGAGGUGGGAGGAAGAUGAGAAAAUACUGCGAGGAGAGGACUACUUGGAUGCUACGGCGGUUGGUGACGGUAACCUGCAAAAUUCGGAUGAUAAUUAUAAGCCACCUGUCCGAGCUCCUCUCGGUACUCUUAUUCAUUUGAAUUGA